CAUUUGUGAAUACUACAUAUAUGGCAGAUAGUACAGCUACUAGUUCUGCUAAAGAAAAUGAAGGUUGGAAAAGGAUAAGAGAAACAUUAAAGGAAAGUAGAGGUGCUGAAAGAUUAGAUUGCAACUAG